AGGAGAAAGCGACGUUCUCUUUCUUUGGACAUUGUUAUGUAGAUCUCCACUGUCCAGUCGUUAUCUGAAUCCCCUUGUUCCCUCGUGAACCCCCUUGAGCCCUUGUUCAAAUGAAUCCUGCUGAAAUCAUCUUGCGGUUGAUUCACACACUCCCCUCCUCCUCCCUAGACACAUGCGAAGGAGUCUUGGAAACCACAGAAACAACAACAAAGACGCUGACAGGAGGUCUUGCCUAUCAACUGUAGUCUGUGAGAGUGAAGUGACACUGGCUAACUUAAUAUCUUUCGGGGGAGCAUCAUGCUGGAUAAUAUCCAUGCUCGGAAACAAGGAGCUCUUGACUUCGCGAGUUUCUAUGACUACUCCUGUGCAGCGCAGGGCUCGUGCCCUGCCACGGCGGUCAAGGUGCAUCUGGGCAAAGGGAUGCUGGACUUCAACGGAGAUCAUCUUCAGUUGUCCGACUGGACGCCUAUUUUGAACGCACUCUCCAUCAACAAACAUCUACACCAUGUUGCCAUCAAGAGCACUCACUUAUCUACGCUUGGAACUCAGGGUCAAAUGAAAUGGUCUGCGCGGAAGAAGAUUCCAGCGCUGCACUCCAGAAGCGUGACUCUUGCUCUGUGCCGAGCGUUGCAGAAGUGCCUUUCUGUGUCAGACCGCCUGCAGACGCUCCAUCUCAACGGCCUGCCCCUCAGGGAGAAAGACCUCACUGCUCUAAUCAAGGGACUGGCGAAGAGCACGUCAUUGGAGAACUUGUCCCUGGCCCAGUGUCCUAUUGCAGACAAGGGUUUGGAGAUCGUGUGCCAGAGUGUCAAAUACUCUUCCUCCAUCAAGAGUCUGGACUUCAGCGGCUGCAAUAUCACCUGGCAAGGAGCAGAGCACCUGACCAGCAUUAUCAAGCACCAGGCGGUGCGUCGACAUGGCACGGCGUGGGCCGAGUCCCUGCGCUACAGGAAGGCGGAGUUUGAGGGCAUGAGUGGGCUGCGGCGCAUCACGCUGAACGACAACAUCCUCAUCGGGGACCAGGGGGCUGCGGCGCUGGCCACCGAGCUGGCCGAGGACCUGUGGCUGAAAGCGAUGGACCUUCAGAAAUGUGGGCUGUCAGACGAGGGGGCGCAGUCACUACGUCAAGCCCUCCAAUCGAAUCGCUGCCUCCAUGUGUUGGAUAUCCGAUGCAAUCCCCUUGUAGACAACUCGCUGGUCAAGGACAUCAUCACCAGAGUGCUGUUAAACACACAUGGACAAGACGCGCAGUACUUGUGGAUCAAGCCACAGCCCAUGAGGAGCUCAGAUGGCCAGAAAAGCAGGACGGGAAGAAGCUCUACCCAGACCAGGUCCAGACGAGGUACGUCAACGAGCAAAGCGACACAUGUGAGUGUUAUACACACUCGACCGAUCUCCACUGGCAUCCCCUGGCGCUCUGCAGCUCGGGCAUUCAAGAAGAGGGGAGCAACAUCUGCCACACCUGACUACAGCUUCCAGGGUGGUGCGUCUGUCCAAGUCACCAUGGAGAGCGACUCCGAGGCGGAGGAGGGGGAGACGGAGUCCCAACAGUCACUACAGUCCCAGAGCUCAUCUGGCCUCAGCCAAGAACUCGUCACCAUGAGCGACUACAACAGACUCAAGGUGGAGCUAGAGGAAUGUAAACUCAGGCUGGAAGAGGAGAGGAAUGCUAGAUUGAAAACCAACUCUCGCUUGGUAGAGCUGGAGCUGGAGAAUGCUCGUUUGAGGAGCACUAAUGAGUCGCUGUCGGAGAUGGUCCAGAACCCGGCCAACUCCGCCCUGCUGGACGACAACUUCCUCAACAGCAUCGAGUCCUCCUUCUCCAAGUUCAACGCUUUCCUCAACCUGCUCUCUCAAGCUGGGCUUGGCCAGCUUGCCUCACUGGUCGGCAUUGACCAAUCAGACUUCAGCUUCAUGGGGCAGCCGCAGAUGUCGUCCACGGGGCGAAGAAUAGAUGGAGGAGCAGGAGACCUGGAGGCCGAUGGCACCACGAAGCCCACUACCUCAGCUCCUCCUCCAGGGCCCCCCAGGUCUCCACCUGCUUCAGCCGCCCCAAGACCAGCGCCUCGAAACGGGCCCUCGCUCCUAGCCGCCGCCCCUCCGCCUCGAAACGGGCCCUCGCUCCUAGCCGCCGCCCCUCCGCCAACUGUGCUGCACGUGGGAGCCAAUGGUGAGCGCCGCUCGCCACUGGCCUCCCCUGCCCCAGAGGUGGCGCCGGUGAGCUCGGGUCAUGCUUCUCCCAGGAGCGCCGGGUCCAUCAGCAACGGUUCCUUCAGUGCCAAGCUCCCCAGACCCGACGCCUCUUCUCACAGCGGCAGUCUCCACACCAAUGGAGGACCCAAAUACCUCAGCUCCUCACACCACAGUCCAGCCGCUGUCAGUCCAGCCAUCAGCCCCACCGUCAGCCCCCGAAGCAUCGCCUCCUCGACUCUUAGCAGUGGCCACAAUGUUGUGUUUGAGCAGUACAGCUCCCAUAGCAACGGCUCCCAUAGCAGUGGCCCCAAGGGGCUGGCUGUGGCCGUCCCGUUCCCCUCAGGAGCCGAGAGGGGGGAGGGUGGCGCUCUCUCGCUCUCCUCAUAGGUUUUUGUUUUUUUCUUUUGUGACUGUUGCCCAUGUCUGAUUUCUUUGCCAAACGCACAUUAACUUUUUUUGCCUAAAGGUAUUCAUUUUUUUGUUGAGCAUUUGUUCAUUCAUGUUGAUUUAUUUUGAAUGGGUUUACACAGACUCUGUUUAUUGGACAGGUGUUCUGGAAAAUAAAAAAAAUAGCCUCUGCUCUGUUAA